UUUAUGGUGAUUGGUGAAGAAGACUAAACUCUGCGUGUGUUGCGUGUUUUUAUUGAGUGUUACAGUUCUCCUGCUCUCUCUGCUCUGAUCUAUUUAUGAAUAUUUUAGAUGUUCCAGGAGGAGGUUCUUUGCAGAAGGAGAACAUCAUCGAUUGUGAUCAUAUUAAACAGCUUCAAAAGCUGAUAUAAGGACACCCACACCGACUCCAAACACUGUGAGAGGGAGAAAACCAGAGGUCACACUGAUAAGAGAAGGCAAAAAAGAGGCCACCGGCAUAUCUGAGAGGCUCAACAGAGAGACAAAUCAGAGAAGACGACUAUCAGAGUCAAGGAGAGAGGAGACAACACCACGAGCAUUGAAGAAAGCUGUCUGGAGGACGCCACGUGUGUGUGUGUGCAUAUGUAUGUUGAGACAGGCAUAGGUAGAUUCCAGGGAUAUUUGUGAGACUGACAGAGGACGAAAGUAGAUCAUGGAUCCCUCGAGUCCCUCAGAGGGCCCUGUGGAACCCAAAGAAAGAAGGAAAAUCCACUUCGCUGUCCCAGCAACAGAACCGACCCAGUUGGACCCUCGGCAGGUUGAAAUGAUUCGCCGACGAAGACCCACACCUGCCACGUUGUUCAAAGUAGCAGACCAAACAUCUCCUGAGGAUGACAUCACCAGCCAUCAGUGGGUUGUAGGAGAAAAUGGUGUCCUCAAGCCAAAACGAAUCAACCCAAAUAUCUACCAGCCACCAUCAUUAAAAGCCGUGCAGCAGAUGGCUGAAGCUCAAAUGCUGAAAUUAGGUGUGUAUCCUCAUGUAGAGGAGGAAGGGGAGGAGCCUAUUCAGAGAGGGGGGGAGGAGCUAUCCUCAUCCUGCACACCUGAUUCACAGGAGCAAAGGGACGUGGCAGAACAGCAGCCUGGCAUAAGAAAGGCAGGAGCCACAGCACCUACUGAUGAAGAGGAGGAGGAAGAGGAGGAUGUAGAAGCAGCAGACAAUAUGGCAGUGGAGGAGAGUAGAAAUGUGGACUGAUCGUUUUAGAGAUUUUUUUUUUUUUUUCAUAAUGCAGAAUUUUAUUUGGAAAUCAGAAUUAUUGUUUAUUGAUUGUCAACGAUUCCAUUAUUUGAUAACAGCUAUCUGUUUGUAUUCUGAGAGAAAAAGAGACUUAAAAAACUCUGAAAGACUGAAAUUUUGGAGCGGUCAAACAACCUCAAAAGAUUUAUUCACCCUGACAUUGCCAUGAAAUAGAGAUUUAUAUGUAAGGUAAAAUCAUUCAGCAAUCACAUAUUAUAUCAUCCUUGUAUAAGCGUUUCAUACAUUCAAACAAACAGGAGCGAAUGUUUAGAUCUAUGAGCAGUGUGGUAUGAAAGAUAUGUGUUCAUUUCAUAUGUCAUGUUUUAUGGUUUGUUCAUUAUGUUUAUGUUUUGCGAUUGGUGCAUUUUUGUGGACCUACACUGCCAUCUAGUGUACAGACAAUUGUUAUACUGAAUCCCAUAAAGUCAUUUGCCAAGAACAAUAAUCCUGGAGCACAUGGAAAGGCUCACUAAGUAUUUAGCAGCAUUAUUGUUUAGCGUUAUUUGUUAAACCACUACCACCAUCCUGGCAGUUGGUCUACACAUGCAGUAAAUUUAGCAGUAACAAAACAGCCAAAUACGAUAUUUCGCUUCAUCUCGGUAACUCCACUGCUGUGGGAGAAAUGAAUCAUGGCUGACUGUGAAUAAUGCAUUCCUACAAUGUUGUCUUUGUGAUUCGUUUGUGGUUCGUUAAUGACAUUGUGAUCAAAGCUGCUAUAAACAUCAUAUUUGCGUACUGAAUAGAAUUUGCAUCUCUUGAUAUGACUGUAUUUGGUUACAGAUAAUAAAAUCUCCAAAUUCAGUGCCUCGGGGCGACAGCUCAUGUGCAUCAGAAAUAUCAGAAACUUAUGCAAAUCAUUUCAUUUGUUUAGUUAGUUAACAACUUGCAGUAAUAUUAGCUGGGUAACUUAUAACUUACAACUUAGCCAGGUCUUUUAAGGGAAAACUGUUGAACUGUUUUUAAAAAUGAUUAUUAAUGAUGAUUUAAAAUGAUGAAAUAACAGCCACAUAUUGCUUUUUUUAAGAAAUGAUACUGCUUUAUAUUGAAUAUAAUCAUAUUUGUAUGCAUAUAUAUAUUCCUCCAAAGCUCAUCCAGGUACAUGUUGAUUUUGAUUAACGUAGUGAAUCUGAGAAAAUGUACCAAAUAAGUAAAUACAUCCAUAGGAACUAUGGAAAUGUUUUAGGUUAAAGUCAAUGUAUCAAUAAAUAUAUUUGCACUGAA